GGGGGAGGCUGGUGCGCAGGCGCGGAAGCGAAGACGGGAGGGCAUCAGGAGAGGUGAAGAGGAAAAAGUUUUGGCGCAGGCUGGGCUGGGCUGGGCUGGCCGCUUUGCCGAGGGGGGAGCGGCUCCCUUCCGGGUACUGGCAACGAUAUAGACUGGUGGCAUGGAUUCGAGCGAGGUGACUAAUACACUGGAACAGGCUGGGCACUCUCAUCGGGGGAGCGUGUCGUCCUCUGCAGCAAGGCACUCAGAGGUCCUGAUUUACCUGGUGAACAACUCCGUCAUUCAGCUGUCCAUUGAGGGCCUGUCGUCGCUCACAGCGGGGGAGCUGGCCAGGACGGUCCGGGAGGUGCUGCAGUUACCCGAUCAGGCUUACGAGGUUUUUUCCUUCUGGCUCACCUCGCCCUUUCUCGAACUGCAGCUGAAACCCAAGCACUGUCCAUACAAGCUCAGCCGUCAGUGGCAGGACCUCCUCUACCGCUUUACCAAAUGUUCCGCACACGACAUCGUCCACGAUGAACCUAUCUUACAGUAUCGAAAGAAUGUAUUCUUCCCGAAGAGCAAAGAGACGCAGAUCAAGGACGAAGGCAUUCUCCGACUGCUCUACGAAGAGGCCAAGUGUAACAUCCUGGAGGGCCGGUAUCCCUACGACCUGGAGGACUGCCUUCAAGUCGGGGCCCUCGCUUGCCGGGUCGAGCUCGGCCCCUUUGACCAGGAACAGCACAACCCUGCUUUCCUCAGGGGGAAAAUCGACCUGUUCCUCCCCACGCAUCUGUGCAAGAAGCACGGCGGGCUGCUGUCGGCAUUCCGGUCCCGCGGGGCCAAGCAGCAGAGCUACGAAGAGAUGCUGCUCGAGUCCUUCAGGCAGCUGGCAGAGGACACCGCGUGCGAGGAGACGGAGGCGCUGAAGCUUCUCUACCACCGGUACCUACAGAAGUGUCACCUGCUGCUGUAUUAUGGCUCCGCGAUGUUCACGGGCCAGAUCGACAGACCAGCCCAGAGCUUCCUGCAGCGGAACGGACGCAAGUCAGUAACCAUAGCGAUCAGCCUGGAUGGCGUAUCUGUCAUGGACAGUAAAGAAAAGUGUGUGCUCUUGGCUCUGUGCUUUCACGAGCUCUCGUGGGAUUACACCUCCUCAGAGGAUGAAGACUCUGAUGACAUCUUGUGGCUGGAGUUUGACGGAGAGGAGGGGGGAGCGGUGGUGAACAAGCUUCUGAAGAUCUACUCCAAGCAGGCGGAGCUGAUGAGCGGCAUGAUCGAGUACUGCAUCGACUUCAACAACGCCUCUGAGGUGCCUCCGGCGCAAGACGCCGUGGCCGCCAAGCCCCCGAAGCCAAAGGAGAAGCGCGGCAAGCUGCGACGGCAGGACAGCGUGGUGUGCAAUCGGAUCCAGCAGCUCUCGACCAUAGACUACGUGGAGGAGGGUAAAGAAAUCAAGAGGGUGAAGCCCAAGAGAGCGGCGUCCUUCUUCACGAGGCAGCUGUCCCAGGGCCCGGCCUCAUACAGCGCCGUGGAAGUGGCAGAGACGCUGGAGCAGGGCUGACGCGGUCGACCCAGGUGGCAGCUCCUCCGGCAAGGGAGAAUAAAUUCUUCGAGAAGACUUGAGGGGUGUGGGGGGGUGGGGAGGGUGGGGAUUGAAGCAAAAAGUUCCUGUCAACAGCCAAAAAUCCUUCGGAGAUUCGAAGAGGUGGCAAGCCCAUGGCUGCUGCAAACAAUCUCCGAAGCUAAGGUGCCACAGUAUUUGGUGAUCACCGAUACCUAGUGUUGUACCUGGCGCCUGUAGAGACCGUGUUGAAAAAAAUUGCAAUAUGUAUAAUAUAUAAUCUUUUAUUUAAAAAGACAAUGAAUAGAGAUAUAGAUAUGUCGUGUUAUAUAACGUGCAGCAGUCCCUGCAUUUCCUGGUCCUUUAAAUUUCUUGGGGGGGUGGGGGGAGAGUAUGCAUCCCUUUGCUGACGAGGGAAGAAUCUCCUCACUGUCUCCUGCAUCUCUCAGACCUUCCUCAUUGAAUUCCAAGCUCCAUCGUUUCUGACACUAAAUAAACUCUGAUUGCGGGGCCACACAGAUCUAUUGAAGGGUUGAGUGGGGGGGGGGGGGAGUGGUUUGAUGGAGUAGGAAUCACUUUUUUUAAAAAAAAAUGUAGCACUUGCUGGGUAUUUUAAAUUGUCAAGCCAAAAGAGAAAGUAUUUUAGCCUGUGGAGAAAGGGGCUUUUCGCAUCUGCGAGUGAACUGUUGAAGCCUGGUGCUUGCCUUUUUCUCGGUGUUACUAACGUCCAGCAUUAUCUUUCAGUUUGCUCUUCCGUGGUUCUUGUUUUAAAGCUUUGGAUUUUUUUUUCCCGGGAUGUCAACAGGAGGGCCAGCACACUUGACCCCAGCACCGUUCAUGUGAACGUUGAGGUUUGCUUCUGGCCUACGUCAAAAGGUGGCUUGUGGUCUGAUCCCAAGCACUUCACUACAUUCCUGAUCUUCAGUUCUGACUUCCUUUGCCGCCGCAUGGCGAGUGAACCUCUUGGGUGAACGUGCGUGGCUUUGGUCAAGUUCGUGUGUCCCCAGCGUCCCCCAGCCGCAGUUCUGUUUGUGUUUUGCAACCCGCUCCCAGCUUCCGUCAGACCAUCAAUAACCAAAAAAAACCCAUGGGUUUGGGACGGUGUAGUGGGGAUCUGUGAUCAGUUCACAGCUUGCAUAAAUACCCACUCCUAUUUAAUGCACACCGACAAAUUGGGAAAAGUGACUGUUAACAAGCUGAAAGUAUUCAAUCAAAGCUGGGACGGGUUAAAGGUAUUAUUUCAAUACUGGGGGUUGCUGGAGAAAAUAUUACAUUCCUAAUAGACUACUUUCAGUGCUGUAAACUUUGCGCCGGGAGUUCUGAUUCUCCAGCGAAGCUGUCAGCGAAUACGUAACGCCCCACUCUACCCUUGGAAAGCUAAAAGACAGAAGUUCUGGACUGCACUGAAAUGAGCCCAAAGAAAGCUGCUGGGUGCUCUUUCCAUUUCUGAUUGCACUACGAAAGGUAACUUGAUUCCAGAAGAGUAGUUUUUAGAAGUUUUAACUUUAUUUUUAAGUGGUUUAAUCUGCUGUGCACAGAUCAACGAUUUUUGUGGGAUGCUCCGACUAAUUCUUACUGCACAUGUUUUAGAUUUGCAACGUUUGUAUUUCUUUCUACUAAUGUGAAUUAAAAAAAUCAAUUUUCUUAUA